UCACAGCGAGAACACGCAACCAAAUAGAAGCACUCAAAUUAACCGAACGCGAAAGCAAAUAGUUAUUGAAGGAUAUUUUUAAAUACGAUUUGAAAUAAAUUUAUCACAACAACCAAUAUUUUAUAUAAAAUGUAUACCGACACAAAAAAUCUCGCGCAUCAGUUCGCCGACAUGAGCUUUACAACCGGAAACACAACUUUACCACCGCCCACCGCAGCAGUGGAUAAAUCAAAACGAAAACUUUGCAAAAUGUGGCGUCCACUAAUGCGAUUGAUGGCACGCAAGCGCAACAACAACACAAUAGCCGGAAGCAAUUCGAAUACCACCAGCCUACACCCAAACAAUGUGCACCUCAACAAUACCAUCCCAUCAAAACCCUGCGCUACCACCAACAGCGGCGCAGGGGAGGAGUGGCCCACAACGCUAAUCGAGGACUAUACCAGCUUGAUGCGCAAAAUGAGUUGCAAAGAGGAGUGCAAUCAUGGCGCAUGGGAGGCGACAGCCAACGGCACAGUACCCGAAAGUGAGCGCCCAUGCCAGGCGAGUGCCAAAUUCGCAACGACAGUCAUCAGCAGCGCCAGCAUCGAAAAAACGCCACCCAGCACAUGUGCACACUGUGUUUACGGACGCAAUUGCCAGCACGAGCAGUUCCAUCACCACAUAUGCGACGCGGCAACGCAAGCCACAACCGCAGCGGCGACAGUAGGUGUCCCACAUUUGCCCCACACAGCAACAGAUGCCAUCACAACAUUGUCUCAGCACGUGCUCGCCGAUCUGCCCAUACAAUUCGUUCACACCGAUGAUGGCACCUUCUUUUGGACUAACACGCAGGAGAAAAUCGAUGAUGACUUGCUGACAGCGUGGUUGUGCCAGAGUUGGAGUCAACUACCCGUAGAAGCAGCGGUGCUGUGAACGAGUUUAAUUGACGUAUGGAAUUGAGCUUUUUCGGAGCGCUUUUGAUCUUUCACGUUGUGGAAGUUGUAAGGCAGGGAUUUUUAUUACUUUCAUCAGGGAUCUCAUUGUUAUUUAGUUUAAUUUAUUCAAUUAUAUAUUAGUAUGUAAUGCUAACGAUAAUUUACAAGAACAAAAAAGGAAAAAGAGGAAGAUUUAGAUAAAAACCACUUCAACAUCCAUUCAUACAAAUGCUUGUUUGCAAUAUAAAUAUUUGUGAUACGCUUUAAUUACCUAUUUUUUAAUUAAAAUGUUAACGUAGUUUUCGU